AUGCUCGCAGCAACAACCGCACCCGCGCACCCCCAGCACUGGAGCGGCGGCAUCAACAGCUACCUCGCGGCCAACGACAUAAGCUGCAAGUCGGCGACGCCCAUCGCGGCCGGCACGUCGUGCUACCUGUGGCGGCUGGACGGGUUCAAGGGCGGGGCGCAGUCGGGGUCGGCGCCGGCGGUGCUCAAGUGCGCGGACUCGACGCCCAAGUUCAGCGACGACGCCGUGUCGCCGGCGCGGCUGGCCGUGGAGAUCCGCGCGCUCAACUCGCCGGUGGUGGCGGCGGCGACGCGGGCGGAGCCGUCGGUGCGCGUGCCGACGGUGCUGCGCGAGACCGCCAACGGGCUCGUCAUGUCCUGGGCCGGCGACGUCAACCUGCUCGAGGCCUUUGCGCGCAGCCUGCCGCUCGACUACGCCGACGUCGGCGCCCGCAUCGGCCGCUGGCUCGGCCACCUCCAGACCGCCGGCGUCAAGACCGGCCCCGCCGGCUUCGACCCCGUCAACCCCGAGCUGGGCCGCUUCUACAACCCCGGCGGCUACCUCGACAAGCUCGUCGAGUCCGCCAUCCCGGACCCCGCCGAGAGCGCCGCCGUCCUGCGCUCCAUGCGCGCCACCCAGUCCGUCCGCACCCUGACCGCCUGGGACUUUCGCCCCAUGAACACCCUGCUGUCCUCGGCGGGCGGGCCGCGGCCGGCCCUCUACGUCGUCGACUGGGAGCUGGCGCAGUUUGGCGAGGCCGCCGGCGACGUCGCCAUGUGGGCCGUCGAGGCCAUGGUGCUGGAGCACAAGCACGGCAACCGCGGCAUGCUCGACGCCUUCCUGAGGGCCUACCGGGCCAACUCGGGCGGCAUCGUCGACGAGGCCUUCGAGGCCAAGGCCGGCAUGCUCACCGGCCUCAUGCUGACCUACUUUAUGCGCAUCGCCCCGCGGCUGUGGGGCAGCACCGACGACGAGGUUGCGCUCUGGCGACGCAGGGCCGUCGAGUAUCUGCGCGCCGGCGCCAACAGGGACAUGAAGUUUUUGAGGUCGAGCGAGAUUGGGGUUCUGAUGGGCUAG